CCCGGCUCCCGCCCACCCAUGCGCUGAAAGCUGAAAAAUCACAUCCCAAGCUUUUUUAGAAGUUCGUUUAUCUAGGGAUUCUUUAGGCCUCCGGCAGUUUCCCCGAUUUGCUAUCGUAGCUUAUGAUACUGCGUCGAAAGAUUUCUCCCGUAAAGCCUCCAUAGCCGAGUGUCGUGUUUUAGGUUGAUUCAAGCUGUCAGUUUGUUCAUGUAGUUUUAUUGGUAUCUGAAGAGGGAUAAUGUUUAUUUGAAUAACUCAGUGGAAGAAGAAGGUUUUAGUACUUUUCUUUUCUUUGCCGUAAUAAUCUGUCAUCCAUCUUCAUGGGAAAGCUGACAGUGAAGUUUGUUGGGGGAUGCAGGGUUUGCUUGAUGUCUCGUCGCCUACUUCGCUUUAUGCCAGCAUCGCAAGGAGGGAUCUUUAUUUUUGUAAAGUUCUUAUUUUUACUUCUUCAGCUUGUCUUUCAACUGUUUUCAGAAACUUUGAGGCCAACCACUGCAUGUAUUGUACUUCAUUACCUCUGAUAGGCAAAGAGAACAAAUCCAUCAAAUCCACAUCUGAUCAUGAAGUAUUAGAUCAGUUUGCAAGGAUACAUGACUUUGUUCUUGGGCCGGAAGAACAUGAGUGUGCCCAUAAGAUAAGAUGCAUUAUUUUAAAUCUUCAAAGUAGGAAUGUUAAUGUUGUCAUGCAGGCUCUACAGAGCAAUCAUAAUUUCCAUCAAAUGCAGCUUACAACAAAUACUGUUGAUAGUCUGCUCCAAAAUUUUGGUGAUGAUUGGCAAUCUGCUAUGGGUUUCUUCCAAUGGGCUGGUUCUCGGCCAGGCUAUAAACACACCACAUAUGCAUAUAAUAAGAUAGUGGACUUACUAGGCAAGAUGAAGCAAAUUGAUCAUAUGUGGGAUUUGGUGGAGAAGAUGAGGAUUGAAGGCUUUAUUACCCUCGAAACAGUUGCUAAGAUCAUGCGAAGGCUUGUAGGUGCAGGAAGAUGGAAAGAUGCUGUUAGUUUUUUUGAUGAUUUGGGACGCAUAGGGUUAGCAAAAGAUACCGAAACAAUGAAUUUUUUGCUUGACACCCUUUGCAAAGAGAAAAAGGUUGAAGUAGCCCGUGAAGUAUUUAUGGAACUUAAGGCACAAAUCCCUGCAGAUGCUUACACUUUUAAUAUUUUUGUCCAUGGCUGGUGUAUUGCACGCAGGAUUGAAGAGGCAAUCUGGACAAUUCAAGAGAUGAGAGGCUAUGGUUUUCAACCAUCAGUGAUCACAUAUUCAACUAUCCUUAUGGCACAUUGUAAACAGUCCAAUUUUUGCAAGGUCUAUGAGGUGCUUGAUGAGAUGGUUGCCGAUGAUUGCCCACCAAAUGUUGUCACUUACACCAUCAUUAUUAAUUCACUUGCUAGAACUCAAGAUGUUGAACAAGUGCUGGAUGUAGUUAACAGGAUGAAGUCAUCUGGAUGUAAACCCGAUACUCGUUUUUAUAAUACCUUGAUCAACAUUCUUGGAAAAGCAGGGCGCUUGGAUGAUGCUUUCCAUAUCUUCGAAAUUGAGAUGGGUAUGAAUGGUGUCAAACCCGAUAUAUCGACCUACAAUAUUAUGAUCUCUAUAUUUUGUCAGCACAACCAAGAACAAAAUGCUUUACAUGUCUUGAAGGAGAUAGAAUACUCUCCUUGCAAACCUGUUCUACAAACAUACAAUCCACUGCUCAAACUAUGUUUUAGAAUGGGAAAAAUAGAUGAUCAACUUAAAAGCUUGUUGAGCGACAUAACAACAAAACAUCACUUGAGUUUUGAUCUUGAUACAUAUACACUUUUAAUUCAUGGCCUAUGUGGUACAGGACAUGUUGAAUGGGCUUAUUUUCUUUUUAAUGAGAUGCUAGGCCAAGAAAUUGUUCCUAGGAUUCGUACAUGUCGGCUACUCAUGGAUCUAGCUAUACAAAAGAAUAUGGAUGUAGCUGUGGAGAGGAUAAAAAGUUUGAUUAGCAGAUCAAAAGUUUGAUGAUGUGAAUUUCUUAGUUGAUCUUGUGGAUGCUAGAAUUGUAUGAUGAUUUGUAUAAUUGUAGGAUAGAUUGUAGUCGUAGAUGCGUAUAUUCAUAAGACAUGUUUUAUGUUAUAUCUUCAUUUAUAUGAUUCCCAUGUUACAAUACCCUUUGCUUUUUUCAUGAAUGCUCAAUAGCUUUGACAGCUAAUUGUCUUUUUGGCUUAUAUACAAUUUUUAGCC